AUGAUCACCACAAGUAACAAUAACAAUAAAGCUAGUGCUAAUGAGACUGAGUACACAGGGUUCAGGCUGGUGAACGGCAGCACAGCGUGUGCGGGGAAGGUGGAGGUCCAGGUGCUGGGGACCUGGGGGACCCUCUGUGCCUCCCGCUGGGAUCUCUCGGAUGCCCACGUUCUCUGCCAUCAACUCAACUGUGGGUUUGCUGAGGCCAUUCCUGGAGGAGAGCAUUUUGGGAGAGAGACUGGCCCUGUCUGGAGAGACUCCUUCCACUGUGACGGCACUGAAGCCCACCUGGCACAGUGCCCAGUGAUCACCCUGGGGGCCUCACCAUGCUCCGACGGGAACACUGCUGCUGUCAUUUGCUCAGGCUCAGCCGGCUUUGCAUCCCUGCGGCUGGUGGGCGGAGGGAGCCGGUGCGACGGACGAGUGGAGAUCUUCCAGCACGGGAUGUGGGGCAGAGUUCUGGAUGAUGAGUGGGACGUGCAGGAGGCCAGUGUGGUGUGCCGGCAGCUGCGGUGCGGAGAGGCAGGGACAGCCUACAACCCCCCAAAGCCUGAGCGAGGGAUGGGCCCCGUGGGGCUGCGAGGGGUCCGGUGCGCAGGGCACGAGGCCAACCUGGCCCUCUGCAACACCUCCCUGCCCGAGAGUGCACCGGCAGCAGGGGUUGCGGAGGAUGUGGGAGUCAUUUGCUGGGGGAGCCGGCGGGUCCGGCUGGUGAACGGGAGCGGGCACUGUGCUGGGAGAGUGGAGCUGUACUACCAGGGCACCUGGGGGACUGUGUGUGACGAUGGCUGGGACCUGUCUGAUGCCGCCGUCGUUUGCCACCAGCUGGGCUGUGGAGGGGCAGUGGAGGCGGCUGGCUCUGCUCGGUUUGGGGAAGGCUCCGGCCAGAUCUGGCUGGAUGGCGUGAACUGCUCUGGGGCCGAAGCUGCUCUCUGGGACUGCCCUGCUGGGCCCUGGGGGCAGCACGACUGCGGGCACAAAGAGGACGCGGGAGUCAUCUGCUCAGAGUUCGUGGCCCUGAGGCUGGAGAACAACGACGGCUGCUCCGGGCGCCUGCAGGUUUUCUACAACGGGACAUGGGGGAGCAUUUGCUCCAACUCGAUGACUCUUGACACGGUGUCACUGGCAUGCCAGGAGCUGGGCUGCGGGGAUGGAGGAUCCCUGGAAACACGCCUGCCCUACGGCAGGGUGUCUGGCCCUGCCUGGCUGGAUAACGUGCAGUGUGGGGAGAAAACCAGCUCCUUCUGGCAGUGUCCCUCCACUCCCUGGAACCCGCAGUCAUGUGAAGACCUGCAAGAUGAGAUCCACAUCACCUGCAAUGAUCCCACUCGAGGCCGUCUGACUGGCAGCGGGAGAGUCUCAGUGCCUGUCAUCAUCUGCAUCAUCCUGGGGGCCCUUCUCUGCCUGCUCCUGGCCCUCCUGGCCGGGCUCCAGGAGAGCUCAGGAGCUCUUCCCGAGGCCGUGUACGAGGAGAUCGGUUACAGCCCAGCAUGGGAGAAGCAGGCGAGGUUUGGUCGCUCAGGUGAGCCAGCGCAUGGCUAUGAUGAUGCCAGGGAGGUUUCUGACCCUGGGGAGGACGCUGCCCCUGAGCAGGGCGAGUGGGAAAUGCCCAGGGUGCCAGAGGAAGGAGCAGGGCCCAGGGAUGCACCCAGAGGUGAGAGGGAAAUUUAG